UUAUCUCUCUAUGUGCAUGAGGGUGCAUGUUUCUGUGUCUCUGUAGGGGUUUGGGUAAAAGCAGGGUGGCAUGUGGGUAAUCUGGGGAAGGAAAUGCACGAAGAGUCUUGUCUUUGAUUUGUUUCCCUUGUGUUUGCAUGCCUGGUUUGUGUCACACGGUGAUAGCUUUAAUGUUCACAAGUUUAGAGGAGAUAUUAUCAUGCAAGGGGUGAAAGUACAUGCCAAAAAAGGGGUUGACAAAAAGGCCAAACUGAGCCCUACUUUGCAUUACACUCAUUUUUUGGCAUGAAAUAUACAUACAUUUUUAACAAUUCAUGUUAAUCUACAUUCAUGUGAGAUUUUUAGAGUAUAAUUUCAAAGCUUUCGGUGCAAAUCUCCCACUCAUCCAUAAAAAAAUGUUGUUAUUUGCCUAACUACACAUGUCGAUCUGCUCCAGCUUCAGCAAAAACGUAGCUUCCUGAGAGGUGGGAAACGCUGCUUCUUCCUGUGCGUUUCUGAGGCCGUGCUGCAGCAAAAGCCUUUGCGCCGGAUGACCGGAACCAGCUGAAACCGGUUUCAGGCAGACUGAGAGCUGACAGGAACAAUGCCGUGUCUGUGCCUCCGCAGGGAUACUACAGAUAGCCCGGGCUGCAAGCCCUCCGAUGGCUCUGGCCGUAGAUAGCCUCCAGUAGCUGCUGAAAACCGGAGUGCUCUUAGUGAGGGGAGCAAGGAGGUGAAAUGAGGGCAGGAGGGACGUGGCUGUCUGGGAGUCUACAAAUACUUAGUCUGCCUCACGCACAAACACACACACUAACAGGGAGCAUGCUUCAUCUCUCUGUUUAUCUCUGCAAAUGGUGCAGAAAAAGUCAGUUUUUACCAGGAGCACCACAACUCACCAGAUCCCUGGAUGUAACUUGACCCUAUAUUCUGGGCCUUUUCCCGGUUGGGAAGCUUUUUUUUUUUUUUCACUCUCUUUCUUGCAGGGUGGGGUGGAAAGCUAUUGUGGGUUAGCAGCAUUGUGACUCUGUUUGUUGCAGGAUGGAAGGAAAGAAAGAGGCUAGAGGCUGGAGAGGGACGGAAGCAAGAGGCUGACCACCUCAUCCGAUUAGGAAAAGGAUCAUGGGAGAUAUGAAGACGCCGGACUUUGAUGACCUGCUGGCGGCCUUUGACAUCCCCGACAUGGUGGAUCCCAAAGCCGCCAUUGAAUCCGGCCACCAAGACGAUCACGACGGACAUCCCAAGCAACCCAGUGGUGCAGUGACGGCCAGCGAAGAUGAGGCCCACAACUCCUCGAAUGCACAUGAUGGGGGUGUUAGUGUCAUUGUGAAGAACGUUCGAAACAUGGACACCAGUGAAUGCGGUGGAUCCAGACCAGAGAGGAAUGGACAUUCCAGCUCCCAAACACGUUCUGUGGGCAAUGGACUUCACAAUGGUCAUGCUCCAGGACCUGUUUCACAUUACAAAAAGAACGGACUGAAACCCUCAAGAGAGGAAGGACCUAAAGUUAAUCGCCUUUCUUCCACUUUUAAUCAAUUUAGUCCAAUUUCUAGUGUGGAAGAGUUUGAUGAUGAUGAAAAGAUUGAAGUAGAUGACCUGAUGGACAAGCCGGGAGUUUGUGCUUUGAAAACAGAGGACCAAAAUUACAAAUCCUUAGUGGACAGCAUCUCCAAGCCAAAAGCAAACAGAGCUGAACAGCCUGAUCAAAACAACAAUGUUACUGCCAGAGGCUCUAAACCCAAGGAUGAUUCUCAAUCAUCUCUUGGUGGUGAAAACCACCAAAGUGGUGUUACGCCUCAAACUCAAGAGUGUCCAGAUGCUAGAGAAUCAUCAGGACUUGAUGGAUCCUGUACCCCAAAGGUCAAAACCAAAUAUUCCACAAAACUUUCCUCUUGUAUUGCUGCCAUAGCUGCACUCAGUGCCAAAAAGGCAACCAUAGAAGACUACAAUGCUUUGGAUUUUCCUGCAACUCAACAAGAAUCUGUGCAGAUUAAAAAUCCCAAAUCAACAGAGAGACCACAAGAGCGUAAGUCAGGUCUGGAACUGGCAAAGAAGCCACUUCUAGGACAGCCUGACAGCCCCUCUAGCGUCACCAGCGAUGACAGCAGCAAAGGUUCCCCUUCCUCAAACACAGACAGCACCCCUGUUAUCCCAAAGGUCAGGAUCAAAACAAUCAAAACCUCAUCCGGGCAGAUCAAGCGCACCGUCACCAGAGUUCUCCCAGAACUUGAUCCUGAAAGUCUGAAAAGAGGAGAGGAAAACUCCUGUCUUAUGGCAUCCACUGGUGCCGUCUUCUCAUCACCUACAAGGCCUUCUCUUCCAGUCACAGUAAAAGCCUCAAGUGGAGGCGCUUCAAUUGAAAUAACAAAGCAGAUGACUAUUAAACCUGUGGGAACAGCUUUCCUACCAGUCUCAGCUGUUAAAACAGCCGGUUCACAAGUCAUCAACCUUAAGCUGGCCAACAACACCACCGUCAAAGCCACAGUGAUCCCUGCCUCUUCCAUGCAAAGUGCCAGCAGUGCUAUCUUGAAAGCUGCUAAUGCUAUCCAGCAACAGACUGUUAUGGUACCUGCUUCCAGUCUGGCAAAUGCCAAACUUGUGCCAAAGGCAGUCCAUUUUAGCAACAUCAAUCUUUUGUCUCAGACUGUGUCUUCUGCUUCCUGCGAUCUUCCACAGGUCCUUUUCUCCAAAUCCAACCAGCAACAGACACAGCAAGUCAAACAACAGACGGGUAUUAAUGGCUCAAAGAAAGUCUCCAGGGUUCAAGUGUUCACUAGUUCUCAGAGCUCUGUUGUUGAUGCCUUCAAUAAAGUUCUGAGUAGCAUGAAUCCUGUUCCUAUGUACGUCCCAAAUUUAUCUCCACCAACCUUGGCUUGUAUCUCUCUGCCCUCACGAGGCUACAAGUGUCUGGAGUGUGGGGACUCAUUUGCUCUUGAGAAGAGCCUGACACAGCACUAUGAGCGCCGCAGUGUGCGAAUUGAAGUCACCUGCAACCACUGUGGCAAAAACCUGGUUUUCUUCAACAAAUGUAGCCUCUUGUCUCACGCCAGAAGCCACAAAGACAAGGGGGUGGUCAUGCAGUGCUCCCACCUAAUCCUAAAACCUAUCCCUGCAGACCAGAUGAUCAGCACACUGAGUUUGUCAAGAUCACCUGCAGGCAUUUGUUCCUCCUCCUCUCCCUCAAAUGCUCAAACUUCUGACAGCCAAACCCAAGGGAAGGUGGCUUCUGGGGACAACCAAGCUGCUGUGAUUUCAGCUCCAUGCGGUGGCCCUUCAGUGGCAGCCAUGCCCUUGGAAGACGAUGCAUCAAAGCUGUACAUGCACAACCUAAAAUGUUUGGAGUGUAAUGAGACCUUCCAGGAUGACAACUCUCUGGCUAUGCACUAUCAAGUGUCAGAGUCUAACAGUCAGAAAACAUGCUCCAUCUGCCAAAUGCUUCUUCCAAAUCAGUGCAGCUAUUUGUCACACCAGCGAAUCCACCAGCACAAGUCUCCUUACAUCUGCCCUGAGUGCGGUGCUAGCUGUCGCUCCGUGCACCUCCAGUCCCACGUCACCAAGAACUGCCUGCAUUACACCCGCAGAGUUGGCUACCGUUGUGUCCACUGUAGCGUGAUCUUUGCUGAUGUUGCCAUUCUGAAGUCCCACAUCCAGAACAGUCACUGUGAGAUCUUCUACAAAUGUCCUCUCUGCCCCAUGGCCUUCAAGUCUGCACCUGGAACCCACUCGCAUGCAUACACUCAGCAUCCCGGAGUAAAGGCAGGGGAGCCUAAAGUGAUCUAUAAAUGUUCCAUGUGUGACACCGUGUUCACGCUACAGUCUCUGCUCUACGCACACUUCGACCAGCAUGUCGUCAAUCACAAAGUGUCCGUGUUCAAAUGCCCCGACUGCUCAAUACACUACGCUCAGAAGCAGCUCAUGUUGGACCACAUUAAGUCAAUCCAUGGAACCCUGAAGACUGUCGAGGGUCCUCCAAACCUGGGCAUUAACCUCCCUCUCGGCACAAAGCCCACUAAUUCCAACAGCAACAACCCCCAUCACAACAAGAAAGAUGGAGGCAGUGGCAAUAGUCAAGAAAAAAGAGAAAAGAAACCCUCAGCUUCACCGAUGAGGAAGACAAACAUCAAAUGUACAACAGACAUGAAAAGCCCUCUCAGCCAAGAUUACACAUGUGGAGAGUGCAAGAGUCUUUUCAAUUCAAGGGAGCUCUUUUUGACACACAUGAGACGGGAGCAUGGCAAGAUCAUGAAAAAACAUCCAUGCCGACAGUGUGACAAGUCUUUUAGCUCCUCUCACAGCCUCUGCAGACACAACCGCCUCAAACACAAGGGACUGCGAAAGGUCUACACCUGCCCGCACUGCCCACCUCUGAGCCAGCCGUUCACUAAAAGAGUGUUACUGGAUCAACACAUUCAGCUGAUGCACGGAGUGAAACACCAGGAGGAAAACCGGAAUAAAACGGAGGCUGAACCUGACAAGGACAUGAAGAAAAGCCCUAAAAGAAAGCCUGAGGAGGAUGAGAGGUCACCGGGUUUGACCUCCAGGAGCUCCGGGUUGCAGCCGCUGAAGAGGCUGAAGGUGAACAUCAUCAAACUUCACAAAUGUGCCGUCUGCAGCUUCACCACUGAGGACAUCGCUGCUUUCCACGAACACAUCCCACAGCACAAGUCCGACGGCUCCUCGUAUCAGUGUCAGGAGUGCGGCUUGUGCUACACAUCCCACCGCUCGCUGGCCCGGCAUCUCUUCAUCGUCCAUCGGCUGAAGGAGCCGCAGGGUCUGGGCCGGUACAACGGGCGGGGCAAAGAGGACGAAGAGAGUCAAAGAGAAAACCAGCUGGAUGUUACUAACGAGAACAAAGACGGGACGCCGAAUACGAAAUGUAAAGUGUGCGGCAAGAUGUUUGAAACAGAGGGGCAGCUUAAUACUCACAUGAGGACACAUGGGAUGGCCUUCAUCAAAGCAAAGAGACUUAGUGCAGCAGAAAAAUGAUUUUACACAUUCCAAAAUUACUACAAACCUCUGUGCUGUAUAUAUGUUAGAUGUGUAUAAAAAGUGUGUAUAAGGUCCUUCAAAUGUCUUUAAACUCAGUAAACUGAUUGAUUUUGUACAGAUAGAAAUGUUUCUAUAGACUAUGAGUAGAACUUUUUGUAAAAGAGCACAUUUAUUUUGUUUCCAAUGACAUACUCUCACUGAAACUCUUAUUGUGAUAAGUUUAAUCUUUGUACAGCUGGUGGUAUUCUCUAAAUUACAGUGCUGCUAAUGUCCAGUGAAUGUCUACUUGAAGUAGAAAUAUGAAUGCAUAAAUAUCUCAAAUUUUGACAAUUUUCAUUUAAAGGCUACGAUUUAACAAAAUUAAUUAAAAAAAAUUAACAAAUAAAAAAAUUCAAUCCAAGCAGCAUUUAAAGUUUUCUCACAUAUCAGAAUCAUCUGCAAAGGUUUAUAGACAAUGGUGUUGCUGUGUCUUUAAAAGAACAUAAUAUGGGCCUACAUUUGUAAAACAUUUUUUAUUUAAGAAAAAAAAGUGACAUAAUUGUCUUAUACCAAUGUAUCAUCAUUGUCUUAAUAUACUGUAAAUGGCAGCUCUUAUUUAGAUUACAAACCACAACAAAAGUUUAUUCAAGAUACGAGAACAAAAGCACUUGACUUUAAUUUAGUGCAUAAUAUCGGUAAAUGUUUUUACUAAAGCAACGUAAUAAUACAUAUAUUAAAGACCACUUUCAGAACCAAUAAUAACCUGUUUCGUUUUUCAUUAAGUUUUUAUUGGAGUCAUUGGUGCAGCUUUGAAGAGAGAAAAAUGCAAUGAAAAUUCUUUGAAUGUAACAUUUGGUUGUGAAACUAAAACAUUCACAGCUGAAUUAAAGAUUUUUUUAUUGCUGUUGCUAAGCAAUUAUUGUGUUUGCAGAUGAUUUUUUUUUUUUUUUGCCCUCCAUCUUGUCUAUAAAGCCCAGUGCAGUAAAACGGCAUGUGUGAAACAAUCUGUGAAACGUCUCUGUCAGAAUGUGUCUUGCGGCUGGCUAUAUUCUAUUUUAUUAUUUUUAUAGCAUUUCUGACAUUUGUGUACAAAGUUGUUCUUAAUGUCAAUAAAGGAUGAAUCAUGUCAGACGUGA